AUGUCUUUGUCACCAACCCAAGAUCUAUUGGAUCGCAUCGAUCGUUUACAUGUAAUUCUGGCUAGUGAUUUACCGGCUCUAUCACCGACUGUUGCACACCGUCCGACAAAUUCACUCGAUCUCCGAUCAAUUCAUACAUUUCAUUCGACUAUUAAGUCGGAAUCCAUGAUCAUCGAUGAACUUCAACAAUACAUUGACAAAUUAGAACGAGAACGAGAAAUCUUACUUAAAUCAUACAGCAUUCUCCUUCAACUUUUAAAACAUCAUGAUUCGAAUGAUAAAAGUAAUCUGAUCAACUAUGAUGAUUCUGAUUUGUAA